AUGGAUAUGCAGAACAACAAGUCAGUGAUUCUCCGGAAACUAAUGGCAAAGCCGGAGCCUCCAUCUCCGGAAAGAGAUGCGCGUUCUGAUUCGCGUACGGUUUCGUCCGACGACCUGACUGAUGAAGAGAUGGACAUAGAUGAGCUCGAGAAGAAGAUCUGGAAAGACAAACAGCGUCUAAGGCGGCUCAAGUUGCUGUCCAGGCUCGGGUUAGGAACAAGAUCGUCGAAGCAGCCAGCUGUUGAUCGUCCAGAGCCUCAACAAGUUUCGAGGAAGAGGCUCAUGUACCUGGCACAUGGUGGGGUCUUGAAGUGCAUGUCAAAGGCAUUGGAGCUUUGCAAAGCUCAAGGCUUUGUCUACGGGAUCGUGUGGGAGGACGGGAGAACGGUGGCGGGAGCUUCUGAUAGUCUCCAUGGAUGGUGGAGAGACAGAGUGAAGUUUGACAGGAACGGACCGGCUGCGAUAAAGAAGCACGGAAAAGAUAUCAUUUCCUCUGGUGGAAGUGAUUUAGGGCCAGAGAGUGAAGACUCCACCGCGGAGACGUUGCUUGCGCUGCAAGACACAACUCUCGGAGCUCUUUUGUCCGCGCUGAUGCCUAAUUGCAGGCCUCCUCAGAGGCGGUACCCGCUGGAGAAUGGCGUGACGCCGCCGUGGUGGCCAACUGGGAAAGAAGAUUGGUGGCAAGAUCUGGCUAUACCGGAGCAAUUACAAGGACUUCCUCCUCCUUACAAGAAGCCUCAUGACCUCAAAAAGGUGUGGAAAGUUGGAGUCUUGAUCGGUGUGAUCAGACAUAUGUCUGCAAGCAUUAACAACAUACGGAUCUAUGUGAGACGUUCUAGAACCUUGCAGGAUAGAAUGACUUCAAGGGAAGCCUCUUUAUGGCUCGCUGCUCUUAACAAAGAGAAGGCCAUUGCUGAUAAAACUCCUCCUCGUAACUCCCCUGGCGAAGAGAGCAACGCUUCUAAUGUUCCUGUUCCUGUAACCGUUGGGGAGACUACGAAUGAUCUGUUCCCUGAGUCUGCAAACUAUGAUGUUGAAGCAAGUGCUGGAUCUCAGCUUCGUCGCAGUCAGCAACAUCCUGAACAGGGAAACAGCUUUCACAACAAGAGGAGGCUUGAAGGUGAUUUGGGGAUGUCUCUGCAGCAACCAACCCUAACGUGUGAGAACAGUCUCUGUCCUUAUAGCCAACCACAGAUGGGAUUCAAUGACAGGGUCUCGAGAGAGAAUCACCAGAGGGCUUGUCCUUACAAAGCCAUUGCUUUUUACCAAGAAACCACUACUAUGCAUUCCAGUGUAGUGGUUCCUUAUCCGGGUUAUGACCGGGGCUUUCAUGUUCCCAAAACGGAGAAUGAAGAGAACAUGUUUCAGAGCCUUCAGGACCAGUUUAAUCCAUCCAACAAUCUCUACAGGCCAAACGCAGCACAAGGAGGAGGUAACAACAGUGUCUAUUUCUCUGAGAACCGGUUUGAUUUGGUUAGUAACAGCAUGAGUGCUUCGACUUCGGCGGUGAAUCAUAGUCUUGGUUUUGGCUUCGAUGGCAAUUUGAAGACAGUGGGAAUGGAGAACAAUCUGCAGGAUCAAGAGGGAAACUUGCUCAUGCCUUGGUUUGAGUAA